AUGUUGCAACACACUGCCACUCUACGGUAGGUUUACUAAGUGCAUUAGAUGUUAGAAAACUCGGAUGAUACUGGACAGUUUCGGGCAGUAGUGCAUUGGAAGUGUGUCAAAGCGAUUCUUUGUGAAGGGUGAUUCCUUGCCGCGUGUCUAUCGGAAGAACCGGUGAGUGACUUGCGGCGUAUUCUGAGCAGGGUGCAUCUUGCUCGCGGUUGUUGCGGUUAGAAUCCCACUUUAACUCAUACACAGAGAAAACGCGGAAGUUCGAUAGUGUUGAUGCGAAAAUAGUACCAAGUGCACGACCUUCAUUGAUAGUUAAGUUGGCAAAUAAGUGACUGCUGAGUGUGUUUAGAAGAUUUGCCAGGGAAUUGCGUUUGUAUUUCCCGACGGGAACAACGGUUACAAUGAAAGUGUGAUAUGAGUUGAUUAUCUGUUGAAUGAUAGGUGCUUUGGAUGGAAAAGUAGUGACAUGAAUUAUUUGAUUCAUGAUUAUUGCGAAGAAAACCCUAUAGAUCUAUAGAUUCCUGAUAAAAGUAAUAACAGUGAUAUCAGUUACAUCACAAAUAUAUAAUUUGUAAUUGUUGAUAUUGGGAAACGCUUCAUUUAAAUGACCAUUCCUAGUCACGAUGCUCGGAGUAUACAUCAGUAAGCAGCGCCUGAAUGCAGGAUGAUCUAUUCGAAAAGUGCAAACACCGGCGGAAAUGAGCAUUUGACGGCGUCAGAAAUCAUAUCGUCCAACUCUGCUGUGUUGGAACCAAUGCAAAGAAUGUCCAGCAGCGUGUCCAAUCACAACAAUCAUCCGUCAAGUUUGCAAGAAGGUGGUGCCGAAAGCCGUCAACAUUUAUCCACCGACCAUGGGCAACGUCUUCACCAGCAGCAACAUCAACCGCACACGGAUGGCAGUGGCAAUAAUGGGUCCGGGGAGGAAGGAAGGAAACGUAAAUUUUCCUACAACGAUAAUAGUGAUCUUGAAGAUGACACAUGCGAUGAUGCCAAAUCUGUUCGGACAACGGAUGAAAAUAAAAAGCAAAACCACAGCGAAAUUGAAAAACGUCGACGUGAUAAAAUGAAUACCUACAUUACCGAGCUGUCGGCAAUGAUUCCCAUGUGCCAUGCUAUGUCCCGCAAGCUGGACAAACUAACUGUCCUCAGAAUGGCGGUGCAGCAUCUGAAAACGAUCCGCGGAGCCGUGCAUUCAUAUACCGAGGGACACUACAAACCGGCUUUCAUUUCGGAUCAGGAGCUGAAAAUGUUAAUACUGCAAGCAGCCGAAGGCUUCCUGUUUGUAGUGGGCUGUGAUCGGGGUCGGAUUCUGUACGUAUCGGAGUCAGUUUCGCAAAUUCUGAACUACUCUCAGGGUGAUCUAUUGGGCCAAAGUUGGUUCGAUAUUCUGCAUCCUAAGGAUGUCGCGAAAGUGAAGGAACAGAUUGCCUCGCCGGAUUCAAUUCCUAAAGAGCGAUUAAUCGAUGCCAAAACAAUGCUUCCAGUCAAAACGGAUAUACCUCAAGGAGUUUCGAGGCUAUGUCCGGGCGCUAGGCGAUCCUUCUUUUGUCGGAUGAAGUGCAAGACGAACGUACAAGUGAAAGAGGAGGCUGAGACUAUCAACUCGACGACUAGCUGCCAUCGAAGGAAAAGUAAAGUAAAUUCAGAUAAGAAAUAUUCCGUCAUCCAGUGCACCGGUUAUCUGAAAUCCUGGGCUCCGGAAAACAUCGGCCUGGAAGAACAUGAAGCUGACGACGAAGGAGACUCGUGUAAUUUGUCCUGUUUGGUGGCGGUAGGUCGAGUUCAGCCAAGUCUUUUCCAGAAUCAUCAACAAGCGUCGAACGGUAAUCAGAACAAUCAGCGUCCGACAGAUAGUGGAGCGAAUGGUUCCGGUGGUGCAACUGGCGCUUCCGUUGGAACGAAUGGUUGCAAAAACUUCAGUCGAAAUAACAUUCCUAACCUAAGAAAUGUACAAUUCAUAUCGCGUCAUGCAACGGACGGAAAGUUCCAAUUCGUAGAUCAACGAGCCACGCUAGUACUGGGUUUCCUUCCCCAAGAGCUACUCGGCACAAGCAUGUACGAAUACUAUCAUCAUGAAGACAUACCAGCGUUAGCGGAGUCACACAAGGCAGCACUGCAGGGAGCUCAGUGGUUGACUACGUCUGUCUACAGGCUACGGACGAAGGAGAAUGGAUUCGUUCGAUUGCAGAGCGAGUGGAAAUCUUUCCGGAAUCCGUGGACCAAAGAGAUCGAAUAUCUGAUAGCGAAAAACAAUAUGAUACUGUCCGACUUGCCCGAUACGGGCGGAGGUAAUUAUGUCGGCGGAAGUUCCGCGGUGUCUGGUAGUAAUGGUGCUAACAGUGCUGGAAAUGGAAAUGCAAACAGCACUAGCAGCGCGGGCCUUGGCGAAGGAAACAAUGAAAGCAACGGACAAAGUACGAGAGGAUACGAUUUUUUCAAUCAUUCAAACGGGCGAGAAAUACAACGAAUUAUACAUUCGCACGUAGAGGCCAGUAAAAUAGGACGCCAAAUAGCAGAUGAAGUCAUCGACCAUCAACGAAGACUCGGUAAUUCGUCGGCCGAGAGCAGUCCUGAUCCGGCAGAUGUUUCCAUACCGCAAAACUUUAGCUCUAUUGCCCAGGAAGUUAGUAAUCUAUCAAGUGAAGCAGUGUCUUCGGUGGAACGAACCCUGGCUUCCUCUUCUCGCGUUUCACCUGCUUCCUCGGCGAGUGGAGUUCCUUCUACGCAACGAGUCAAUGGUACCCUGCCGGGGUACAAUCACAUGCGAAACAAUGCAGUUGCUAGCCCUGGAGAUGAAGCUCCACAUACUCAAGCCAACAGUACCGAUGGUAAUGACGAAGCAGCGAUGGCAGUGAUAAUGAGCCUACUGGAGGCAGACGCUGGCCUGGGGGGACCGGUCGACUUCUCCGGUUUACCGUGGCCGUUACCGUAAACCAUUGUUACAAUGGAUAGAUUUUAAUUCAGGAUACAGUCAACAAACCACGCAAUGAUUCGAAGUUACCACUUUGUAGGGAAUGAUAAUUAUUAUUAUUCAAAGUCAGUUAAGGUUAGGUAUUAUACUAUUAUUUAGCAUUUUUCGAUUAAAGUGAUACAUAGGAACGAUUUGAGGCUGUCGCGUACAAUAUCUUAUCUAUAAGGUAAUUAUUCAAUUAUUAGGCUUGAGUACAGUAAACCAUCUCUGAAGCUUAAGUUGUAUGCAUUUUAAUCAUGGUUUUGCUGAAACGAAGAGUAUCUUUUUGUAAUCUCGCUGAAAUCAUUUUUAGUUUGCUUUCACUGUGGAGCGGUUGCACAGUUGGGAGAUUUGAUGAAUACUACUUCUUAUUUU